AUGGUCAAUGCGAUUCCACAUAAACUUCUUAAAAGAGCUGACUAUUAUUCAUGUCCACAAGACCUUUUCUUACUCCGUGGAUCAUUUACAAUAAGUGAACAAAAGGUUAUUGCUACUGUUACCGGAACAUUGAAGAAUGACAUUACCGAACAAACCAAACUUGUGGUUGCAUUUGGUGAUUCGAAUGUAGCUGCCUUAGCAGAACCCAUUGUUUUUGAUGCUUGUACUGGAAGUGGAUGUCCAAUUAAAGCUGGUGAUGCAAUUAAUCAAAAGGUAGAAUUUAAACUACCGGACCAAUUACCUAAAUCGUACAAUACGGUAUUUAGUAUGGCAAAUUCAGAAAGUGAUAUUCUAGGCUGUUUUGAUUUUCCAUAUAGUUUUUAA